CUCUUGCUUUGGACUUAAGGUACCUUCGACAUGCGCAACUCCCACUCCAGCUCUCCCAGGACAAUAUAGUAUCCGACCGACAAAACCUGACUUUGGGUCCGCUCGAGCUGAAAUGGCGCCGCGCAAGAACGCGCAGUCCACGGCUGCCGAGAUCUCGUUGGUGCAUCUACAGAAUUGCUUGGUGAACCUGCCCCCGUCGCUGGCGUCGUUGCUCGCAAACGUCAACACUCCCGCGCAAAAUGUCAUCGUCGAACUCAGCUACCGCGUCCCUCCUCCUCCUGGCGCAUCCGCAACAGGUGCUACCGCUUCGACCAAGUCCAUCUACGUCGGGUGGACGGGCAUGGCUAGCAAACGGAAAGUUGCCCCAAUUGUUGGGAGAGACGGCAUCACCGGGGCCCGGGGUGCGCGGGACCAGGAGGUGCCGCUCGUCGAGCUGGACGCAACCCUCGCCGCAAGCGUGGGACUCAAGGACGGCCAGAAGGUUACCGCAACCAUCCACUUCGAUCCGCCCAUGGCCCACAUCGUCAACAUCGAGCCCCUUACCCCCGAGGACUGGGAGAUGAUUGAGCUGCAUGGCACCUUCUUGGAGGACAACCUGCUCUUCCAGAUCCGUGCCGUCCCCAAUCCCGCCUAUGCCCCUGGCGGCCUUGUAGCCGGCGCCCACCCCCUGACGCUGCACCUAUCUCAGACUUCGACUGCAAGCAUCAUGAUUCUCUCGCUCGAGCCUGCUCUUCCCGUCGACGUCCCCUUUGCCAAGAUCGCCCCCGAUGCUGAGGUCAUUGUGGCGCCCAAAACCCGACAGAAACAGCGGAGCAGCAAGGACAACCGGAGUGUGGGCGGCGCAUCGAAGAAGAGCGGCAGGAGCACAGCAAGCACCGCUAGGAGGAAGAACGCCAAAGAGGAGAAGAAGUCGGUCCUGUUUUUUAGAGGCGUGGACAGGAAGAAUUGCCAGGAGUGGUUCGACGACGAGGCACCACCAGAAGAUCUCAGUGUCUGGGUUGAUCGAGGCCUAAUUCUUGGAAAGGAGCUGAAAGGGGUCAGAUGGGUAUCCGCGAGUCUCGUGCGGCCCGCCGGGCUGCAGCAGCCCCUUGACUCAGCAAAUCAACCACAAGAAGCAGACCCUGCAGCGAAAGCAUCCACCAAGAUCGUCGCCUGCCUUCGGCCGUGGGAUGAGCCGCCAGACGGGCAGACAAUGGCCCUAUCAUCGUCAUUGUGUGCUGCGCUUGGGUGCCAAGGAAUCGUCGGUGGUGUAGUCAAGAUCGAGCCCGCCUCGGUCCAGCUGCCGCGCAAGACCCCUGACCAAGAGGGAAUCGCCCGCGAUUCGGUGCAGAGACUCAAGAUAUACCCCUUUCAGUCGGCAAAGCCUGUCCAGUCUUCGGCCCUGAAGUUUGGCGGGCAGUCCAAGGCGGAACGAGAAGAGGCCGCGAAUCAGAUCAAGCACAUCUACGGGCCAGACGGGAAUGGCCUGCUACUAGGACCUCUGACAGAUGGUCAGGUCCUGGGAGUACAUGACGGACUGAAGUGCCCCCGUGGUUGGGAAGGUGCCAUUGUAAAGUUUGAGCCCUCGCUGCCAGCUGCCCAAGGCUCUGGGAAGAGACCCUUGAAUUGGAUCCUUGGCGCGGAUUGGAAACUGCCCAUCGCAGUCCAACCUGCCGUCCCAAAGCCGUCGUGGUUAUCCGACUUUGAAGCGGAUCAGCUCGACUCGUCCGAUUCUCUCCUGGUUGGCAUCGAUUCGCUUCUGGAGAAGCUCAAAUCCCAUCUCUCGCACAUGUCGUCGGUCCUCCUGACCGGCGGACAGGGUUCUGGCAAGACAUGCGUCGCACAGUCGGUCGUUCGGGCUUUGCGGUCAUCCCAGCUUUACCACACCACCUACUUUCCCUGCACAAAGCUGGUGAACGACGAUAGCAGGAUAUCCACCGUCAAGGAGACGCUGGCCCACAUAUUCAUGGCUGCCAGCUGGGGUGCAAGACUCGGAGGCAAGGCAGUGGUCGUCUUGGAUGACCUCGACCGUCUGUGUCCGGCCGAGACCGAACUGCAGGUGGGUAACGAGAACGGCCGCAGCCGGCAGAUAAGCGAGGCCAUCUGCUCCAUGGUCAGACAGUGCUGUGGCAUGGACAGUAAUGUGGUCUUGCUGGCAACCUGCCAAGGCAAGGACUCCCUGCAUAAUGUCCUUGUUGGUGGCCACAUUGUCCGCGAGAUCGUCGACCUGGGUGCCCCUGACAAGGAGACUAGGCGGCACAUCCUGGAGGCUCUUACCAAGCAGGGCUCCGUAUAUCCUGGGGAUGUGGAACCAGAGGAUGACCAUGGUAGUCGCCCUACCACCGCAGACGGUAGCACCACAGACGGAGACGGUGGCGGAUGGAUGGAUGGUCCAACCCGGCCGGCCCAAAAGGGCUUAGGAAGCAAACCCAGUGGCUUCGUGCUUGAGGAUGAUCUUGAUUUCCUCGACAUUGCUGGUCAGACUGACGGGUAUAUGCCGGGCGAUCUGAUUCUGCUCAUCUCCAGAGCGCGCAACGAGGCGCUGAGCCGAAGUGUGGGCGAGUCGCCGGACCUCGAUGCAACUACUAUCCAUCUAAGCCACAGCGAUUUUGACAAGGCCCUCAAGGGGUUUACACCGGCGUCGUUGCGGAACGUUACCCUCCAAAGCUCAACAACAACCUUCUCCUCGAUUGGCGGCCUGAAAGAGACGCGCCAAAUUCUCCUUGAGACCCUGCAGUACCCGACCAAGUACGCCCCGAUCUUCGCUCAAUGCCCCCUCCGCUUGCGCUCCGGGCUUCUCCUGUACGGCUACCCCGGCUGCGGCAAGACCCUUCUCGCCAGCGCCGUGGCAGGCGAGUGCGGGCUCAACUUCAUCAGCGUCAAGGGCCCCGAGAUCCUCAACAAGUACAUUGGCGCCUCAGAAAAGAGCGUGCGCGACCUCUUUGAGCGCGCCUCCGCCGCGAAGCCCUGCGUCCUCUUCUUCGACGAGUUCGACUCCAUCGCCCCCAAACGCGGCCAUGACUCCACAGGCGUCACCGACCGCGUGGUCAAUCAGCUGCUCACCCAGAUGGACGGCGCUGAGGGCCUGUCGGGCGUUUACGUCCUGGCCGCGACUUCGCGCCCGGACCUCAUCGACCCUGCCCUGCUUAGACCAGGCCGCCUGGACAAGUCCCUGCUGUGCGACUUCCCCACGCUCGAAGACCGCCUCGACAUCAUCCGGGCGCUCGCCCAGAAAGUCAAGGUAGCCGACGAAGUCUGGCAGUCGGAGGAGGACAUGCUUGAGCUGGGCCGUCGAACCGAAGGGUUUUCGGGCGCCGAUCUCCAGGCGCUGGUGUCGAACGCCCAGUUGGAAGCCAUCCAUGACGUCCUUCACGACCAUGACCAGACCCUCGGCGGCAGUAAUGCCACUCGCCGCGGCGGCGCUACAAGGAAACCGGGCGGUUCUUCUUCGUUGUUGUCAUCAUCAGUCAGGAAUUUCGUCCAGUUCCGCUACGGCGAGGACGACGAGGAUCCCGCAUCGUCGUCAGCAUCCGACCCUGCGGCGGUGGCGGUGCCGCCCCGAACCCGGGCCGCCAUGCUCGCGGAACAGGCCGCCAUAGCCAGCAAGCUGGAGGGUAUCAAACUCGCUCGGAAGCGGGUCAAGCAGAAGUUGUCUAAGUCUGCUGCCGCUGCCGCCGGCGUCAACGCCAACGGGGUGAAAGGGGGUGGUGGUGAGACGGCGAUGGACGGCUUUCCCGGGAAUGCGGAGGUGGUGAUCCGCUGGGAACACCUUGCCAAGGCGCUCGAGGGCACGCGCGCGAGUAUCAGUGCCGAGGAGAGAAGGAGGCUGGAGAGGAUCUAUCACGAGUUCGUGGUGGGGAGGAGCGGGGAUAUGAAGGAUGGACAGGCGAGUAUGGAGGUUGGCGGGCGGAGUAGUCUUAUGUAGUGUACAGUUGUAUGUAGCCUGCCUAUAAUGCAUAGGUGUGGCGUAGGUUCUGUCCUGUAGAGGUGAGCUGAAUAGGGGUUUAAUACAUAUGU